AAGAGUGAGGAGUAAUAAUGAUAAUGAGCUUCAUGCACGGUGAUAGAAUAUAUUAGCUUCAUGGAAUUAUGCUUGUACUUUGGUUACUUUGAGCAUAUUUUGAAUGUUUCUAAGUGCUGUUUUCUUUUGGAUUUAGCUUAGUAGAGUGCCGAAGGAGAGGAAGAGGAGAAUAUUGAAACUUGGAUUCGUUUCAAUUCAAACUUCUGUUUGCCUUCCUCUGCAACAGCAAGCCCAUGGUGCGAGGAAAAGAUUCCAGCUCGGCAGAGGUGCACUUUAUCGGUCAGAUUGUGAGUGGGUCAGGGUUCUCAGACUCACAGCUGUUCUGCAGGUGGAGUAUACAAACAGGCGGUGCCUGGCACCAUGUGGAGGGUCUGAAGGAGGGUCAGACGCACGCCGACUGCCCCCAGCUCGGUCAGGCGGCGAUCUGGUGUCACCCAGUGGAUGUGCACUACACCAUCAAAGGCAUCACAGGUUGGCCGAAGCUGGUUGUGCAGGUGUACAGUCUGGACGGCUUUGGACGGUUCGACAUCUGUGGCUACGGCUUCUGCAACUUGCCUAGCAGUCCGGGAGCGCACAGCAUCGACUGCGUCAUCUGGAGGCCGACUGGCAGUCUGAGGGACGAGUUUCGCCAGCAGUUUGUGGGCGGCGGCCCGCAGCUCAGGGACCCUCAGCUGGUCUACACGUCCCUGGACCGGUACCGGAUCCAGACCACCGCCAUGGGCACGGUGCACGUCCAGAUAAGCGUAAUCCUGCGUAACUUUGCCCGUUACGGUAUCGAGUACUGAGUACCUGCCCGCGGCGAUGCGCUGCCGCUGGGGUCGGCGGCAGGUGGCGCUGCUGCUCGCGCUGCUGGCGGCUGCCGCGGCCGACACGGUCAGCGAGUUUGACCGCUGUGUGCUCGGCGACUGUCUGCCGCUGCAGUCGGCUGGUGGCGCCGCCCCACCGCCCGCCUACGGCGUGGGAGGCCGGCAUAGGGAUGGUGCCAGUGUGAUGGCGCUGAAACGCUCCGCCGAGAACGGCCCCGGCGACCCUGAGCAGCUCCCGGGAGGGACAGCACCGACGGAGGGCGAAGGUAGUGGGGAGGGUGCCGAGUUGCUGUCUGCCACCGCCGACGGAAUCGAACUGGGACCCGAGGAGCUUACUCUUGAUGGAACUGAGCAAGGAGAAACGGCAGGAGCCCCUACUGAUCCGACAGAAACAGAACGAGCUUCUACAGACCCAGGAGGGACGGAAGGAGUCACUACUGAACCAGUAGGGACAGAGACUGCCCCUGCAGACUCAGAAGAGACGGAUAAAGUCGCUACCAACUCGACAGAGAGUACUGUCAGUCCGGCAGGGACCGGCGGUACCCCCGCUGAGGCAGGGGCGGAGAAAACCUCUGCUGAGGCAACAGGAACGGACGAAGCCCCUGCUGAAACGGCAGAAAAGGACGGAGACCCUGCCGACCCAGCGGAAACGGACGUGGAUGACUGGAGUACCGCCCACUGCACGUGCGACCUUCUGGUAUCGGAGUGUGACGCGGACUGCUGCUGUGACCCGGACUGUAGCCCGGAGGACCGCCGGGCCUUCUCGGCCUGUCAGAAGAGACCCUCCGUCACACCGGAUACCCGCUACUGCGUGCAGUCGGACCUCAUCUAUCGGAGUAACGAUCACCAGCUGACCCCAGCCGAGGGCGGUCUGCUGUGUGUCGUCCGAGACAAUCUGGUCGGCAGCUUCCGGCUCCCGCGCGUCAAGCCGGCGGCGAGUUCAGCGCAGUUUGACCGCCUGGUGUCUCGGGCGGCCUCCUCCCACCGGUACGGAGGCUGGAGCCCGCCGCCGGUGCCGCCCGUCACUGCGCCACCGGCGGCCUCCCCAGACCGGUACCGGAGCGGGGACCUGCUCUGGACCGUCGGCCAGGGCGCGCCGCGACGCUGGGAGCUGCAGUGGCGCGGCCCGGUGUCGUCCGGCGCGUGUGACGCCCUCCGUCCGGUGCGGUUCCUUCGCUCGGCCCAUACUGACUGCUGGCUGACGGCCGACGCCGGCCGGCUAGCCCCGCUGGAUGGCCGAAACAUGUACCGGGACCUGUGUCUGCUGAGGACGCCUCCUGGUGGGACUGGAGAGGACCUGGAGCCAGUCCGCUGCGUCCAGCCUGGAGACGACUCGACCGACACGGACCAGGACACCGCCGUGGCUGCCGUGUCGUACCUGUGCGACAUUGACCACCUCAACUGUACGCAGGUGUCUGAGGUCCGCCGGCCGCGGGUCACCGGUGACCGGCUGCGGGACGCACUCGUCUCGGCUCUGCUGGUAGUUGAGCAGCGUUCCGGUCGGCUGGCGGCCGUGCGCGCCCUCCUGGUGCUGGCGGACGUACCGCUCGGCUCUGCGGUCCGCCAGAGGCGCCGGGUGGAGUUCCGGCGGCCGGCGGCCGAGGCGCCGCGUCUCCGCAGCGGCAACCCCGGCUACCAGCGGCGCCGGCCGCUGCUGGCCGCCCCGCUAUCCGUCAACGUCACCGACGACGGCGAGACGCGGCGCGAGCCGGCGGCGCCCGGCCGGCCGCUGCUGCUGCCCUCGCCGGGCCGCGGCGGCGGCUGCAGUGCCGACCGGCGCCGCUGGAGGCCGCUGGCGUUUGGUGUGGACGCCUCCGUGGGCUGUCGCCUGGAGGCGGCGGCGGGCGACUGCUCGGCGCUGCAGCGCCGUCUCCUGGACACGCUGCUGUCGGGACUGCCGGCCGACGCCGCCGAGACGGCCGUGCUCGCGUUCGGCAGCGGGGAGCGGGACGGGGAGUGGGUGCCGGUGGUGGGCGGCCGGCCGCAGCUCUCCCCGGAGACCACGCCGUCCGGCUGCCGCGGCCUGGUCACCAGCCUGCACUGGCGGGUACUGGUGGCGCGCACCGGCGCCGCCCAGCUGCCUCAGACCCGAGUGGUCGGGGUACGACUGCAGUUCGGCCGGCCGCGACCCGUGUGGACGGCUCCGGAGAGCGGCGGCAGGCUCUCAGUUACCCUGCACACCAGCGUCACGUUCCAGGAUGUGACCGCCGGCGGGCCGGAGCCGCACUUUGCCCGCCCGCCGCGCGUCGAUCUCAGUCUACCGGCCGACUUUUUCUACCCGUUCUCGUCUGGCGGCGCCGGGGGCGGGUCGGCGGGUGGGACGGGGAAGGUCCCGGCGCUGGCCGCCCUGGUAGCACUGCUGCUCGCUGUGUAACCAGCUCAUUUGAUGAACGGUCAAGGCUCUGACAUGUCAGGGGCCACUGUCGAAACAUCAUUCAGCCAUCAGCAAACGUUAGCCUUGCGAGUUUCAUAUGUCAUCGCUCAUCUGUUCAGUGUAUUCUAGUCGGCCAACGCCACCAACAGACUACUGAUCCGUCCAACCUGCCUCUGGUUCCUCGAUUCAAGCUCUCGGGAACCAAAUGCGUGCUUGUUUGUGUGUCUGGCAACGUAGAUACGAGCCGCUGUUGCUUUGUCGAAGCUAGGCUCAUGUGGCUUGGUUCUGAUGAGUGGCACAUGUAACAUUGCGCUGUUCUACGCACGAGUCUAAGUCAUUUUUACGUGUCUGCUGAAAGUCAUUCGGGUUGGGUUUUGUAACUUGUAAAGGACGGAAAUAUGUAUUUCGUUCACCCAACUGAUCUCCUCAUUCCUUUUAUCGGUGAUCUCAUUGUCAUAUGACCUGUUCAUAGCGCACAUCACACUUAGGUACCGUUUUUAUCACAAAUAAUUUGCUAGUCACAUCCGUAUGAUCUCAUACGGGAAACGUGUGAUUCACAGUGUGUGCACAUUUCUCAUUUUGUUCGCCAAUAAACGGUUUCAAUCCGUA